CUAUAUGUUUUACCAUUUUACGUAAAGAUUUGAAUGAAUUAUAUAUUUUUUGGAUAUUAUUAUUUUUCAUAUACUAAAUACACAUUGGAUAUAAAUGGUUUAAAGGUAUUAAUGAACGAGUGGCCUAAGUUAAGUCGUCUGCUGAUAGAGGGAAGAGUUGACUGUCAGGUGUGAUGACGUGAGCGAGUGUCUCUUUAAAUAUGCUUAAGUUAGGCAACAGAAAAGACCAUGGUAUAGACUCUAAGUGUACAAUACGUCUUCUAGAUGAUAACGAGGUUUUAGAAUGUGAAUUUCAGAGUUAUCACAAAGGGAAGGUUCUUCUUGACUACGUAUUUAGCAGGCUCAACCUUAUAGAAACUGAUUACUUCGCCCUCCGUUAUGUUGACCAAAAUAAACAGAGACACUGGUUAGAUCCUAACAAGAACAUCCUAAGACAAAUAAAGAAUCUAUCACCAAUCCUGUUUUGUUUCCGUGUCAAGUUCUAUCCUGCGGAUCCUCUUAGACUUCAAGAGGAGAUCACUCGUUAUCAGCUCUUUCUUCAACUUCGACGAGAUCUUUUACAUGGAAGGCUGUACUGCUCCCAGGCUGAUGCUGCUAUGCUUGCUGCUUAUAUUGUACAAGCUGAGAUUGGUGAUUAUGACCCAACCAAACAUUAUGGCAAUUACAUUAGUGACUUUAAGAUCCUACUUAAGCAGACGCCAAAGAUUGAAGAGAAAAUCAUGGAGCUACACUCAACCCUCAAGAAUCAUACACCACUGAUGGCAGAGACCUGUUUCCUCAAGAAAGCUUCCAUCCUUGAUACUUAUGGUGUUGAUCCUCAUCCUGUAAAAGAGAUUGAUACAGAUCAUCGGGGAAGUCAACUUUAUCUUGGUCUAAACCACACCGGAGUCUUGACGUUUCAGGGCUCCCGCAAGACACAUCACUUUCGUUGGGCAGAUGUCCAGAAGUUGAACUAUGAGGGCAAGAUGUUCAUUGUGCAUCUCAUGUUUGCUGAGGAUGCAAGGACUAAGAAGAAGCACACUGUAGGAUUCAAGUGCCCAACAGCAUCUGCAUGCAGACACCUAUGGAGAUGUGCAGUUGAGCAGAGACUCUUUUACACGCUAGAAAAUUCCAAUAAACAGGGUGUUGUAGUAACAGGAGGAUCUUUUUUCUCGCGGGGUUCACGUUUCCGAUAUGCCGGACGUUGUGAAAAGGAGGUGGUGGAAGAAAGCUCGAGCAUCUUAAGAGAGCCACCAACUGUAAAUAGAGUCUCUCUCAGGAACAUUGGCAGAUCAACUUCCCUUCCUACUACACCAGCUGACUCUGAUACUUAUGAUGCUGUAAUGAGUCGAGUCCACCGGCCUCUUCCAUAUAUAGACCGAAGCAGUAGUUUGGAUGAGGAUGUAUUGUGUGGAGCUGACACAGGCUCACAAGACUCCACAGAAGGGCUCAACCACAUAAAUGGGGGCUGCGGAGGUCCUGGGGCUGCCUACUGUCCAGAGUCAACUUUACCUCCACUAUCACUGUUGGAGCCCUUAUUAGAGGCACAAGAGAACAAAUCUCGUUCAUCUUCUAUUCUAGAUUCAAGUUUUAUGGACGCUGAGAGUAGUCUUGAACCAUGCUUGGAGACCAAAGGAAAACAGGAAGAUGAAGAGCACAAGGAAAAAGAGAAGGACGUAACAGGAAACAGUAAGGAGUUGGAAGUAAAUGGGGAAGAAGCAAUGCUUCAACAACAACUCUAUUGUGACUACAGUGGUCGAGGUCACACAAGUGAGUUUGGUGAUACUUCAUCAACAGAGACUUUGGGACCACCCCAUAACCAAAUUGACCCUCGAUCUCCACUAACAAGAAAAGCUGAUAAAUGUCUAGAAAGUCCACUAAGAAGUAGUUUGGCACCCAUCAGAAGAGAAAAAAUGAAAGUUCCACCACUAUCUCUUCCGCAGGAUCUGACACGGGGAGGAGCCCAGAGGCUACUUAGGGGCCGGAUAAGUAGGCUCAGUGUAAAAACAUUUCUUAGAGUAUUUCUUGUAGCUUUUGUCUUUGUGGUUUUUGUCCUUACUUGCUCAGUAAUUCUUGUAUUUGAAAGUGAAGCGAGCUUGCUUCACAGUGUUCGCUCCACACGAGAAAUGAUGCUGCUUAGAUUACAGUAUUAUCAGCCCAUAAAGGAACAUAUAAAAUGUUGGCUUGGUAUAAAACCUUAAAUUAUUUUCAUAUGUAAGAUAGCCUCUUCCAAAAGUACCUACAGUAGGUAGACAUUAUAUAAUAUGUAUCUCAUAGUUUUAUUUGUACAUAAAUUUCAUAGUAAUGGAGUGUUUGAUAUUUCCUUUUAAUGACCUACAUACUGCCUCAGUGAUAAUGAUAGAAUGAGAUACCUAUAGGCUUGACUUUGUUGAAUAUGCUGCCAAUUCAUUGUUUUAAUACAUACACCAGCAAUUUUUUGUUGCCAGCUGGUUAAAGUGAUAUUUUUUUAUUUUCCUGUAUAUUUAUGCAAAAUGCAGAAUGAAAAAGAGUAGUAUGUAGGCUUCUUGUUUAUGGUGUAGGUGACCAAGUAUAGUUAAGGCAAUUGGAUAAUAUUUUGUGGGGCGAGACCACACUUUAGGUCAUGCUUUGCUUGCUGUUCUAAAGUAAGGAUAGCUAGUGCAAUAAAAUUAAAAUAGUGGUAGUGCAGCAGAAAAGGUAUUUUGACAAAUUAUUAUUAAGCUAAGUGAUCAUGAGCCUUGAAAGAUACCUUUGGAUAUUUUUAGUCCUUUGUGUCAGUGACAUUAAAUUCAUUUGGCUUCUUUUCAAGGCUCAGAAUCUUACCUAGCUUUAGUACAAUCUUACCUCAUGUAUCUUUUCUUUUUUUGAUAAAGAAAUGUUUCCCCAAUACAUUCUCUUGAGGUGCAUGUCUUUGAUGCCCUUGUAAGGCAGGUUGUCUUAUGCUGGGUGUUCAGUGAAAUUCUUAUCACAGUAUUGCUACAAUAACUGCUAAACCUGUUUACGCUCAGUGAUGAUGUAUUCAGUACAGAGAUUCUCAUAUCAUACUGUAACAGUGUUGUAAAAUUUUUGGAUUACGAA